GGUAGAUAAGGCUAUGCAGGAUUGUUUCUUGCUCCUCCAUAGUAUUGCACUAUCAUUAAGCAAGAAAGCACAUCCUGAAGUUGAUUUGGAUUGGUCGACAUCUCCUCCCCAAUCAGCAUCAGAGAAACCAAUCAAUCGGUUUGAUUGAUAUCGGCUAACCAAUCCAACGGCAUAACAUAUAUCGGGACGUGUGCACAUCAUUGCAUACAUCAAACUACCGACAGCACUGGCAUAAGGUACUCUGGACAUUUUCUCCUUUUCUUCUAGAGUCUUGGGAUACAUAUCACAGCUUAGGCUCAAACUUUUAUCAACAGGGGUGUCCAUUGGUUUGCUAUCUUGCAUGUGAUAGCGCUCUAACAUCUUUUUGAUGUAAGUCUCUUGAGUUAAACCUAAAAGCCUUUUAGCGCGAUCUCUUAUGAUUUUCACACCAAGUACAUAGCUGGCCUCACCCAUGUCUUUCAUUUCAAAGUUUGAUGAUAACCAUUUUUUAGUAGUAUCAAUCAUCUCUUUGCUAUUUCCAGCUAUUAAGAUGUCGUCAACAUAUAAGGACAAUAUUGUAAAACUAUUGUUAGAACGUUUUAAAUUAAUACACGCAAUGAUCUUCUUCCAUCAUUGUAAAACCAUCCUUAAGGAUAGCUUGAUGAAACUUAACGUUCCAUUGUCUAGAGGCUUGCUUAAGACCAUAUAUGGAUCUUUUAAGCUUGCAAACUUUGCGCUCUUGUCCUUUAGUCUCGAAUCCUAAAGGUUGAUCCAUAUAGAUCUCCUCAUUUAGUUCUCCAUUGAGAAACGCAGUUCUAACGUCCAUUUGAUAUAACUCUAGGUCCAUAUGUGCGACUAUAGCUAAAAUGAGGCGAACUGAAGUAAUCCUCACAACUAGUGAGAAUGUAUCUUCAUAAUCAAUUCCCUCUUUUUGAGUGUAGCCUUUUGCUACUAGUCGAGCCUUAUAACGUUCUAUUGACCCGUCCGCCUUACGUUUGAUUUUAAGAACCCAUUUAUUUCCAAUGGAUCUUCGUCUUGACAAUAAAUCAACCAAGUCCCAGACGUGAUUAAUUUUCAUUGACUCCAUUUCUUCUUCCAUAGCUUUAAUCCAUUCACUUGCUUUAGGACCAGAUAGAGCAUGAUUGAAUGUUUUAGGUUCUUCAUCAUCUUGUGGAGCAAUCAUGAACGCUUCCCCCUCAAUCUCAAAUCGAUGACGAGGAAUUGGUUCACGAAUGCUUCUUCGAGGUUGAGAUUGCUCAUGAUCUUGCUCCAUGAGAGAAGGAAUAGAUAAAAUAUCACUCCUAGUGUUUCUAGGAGGAUUAAAAGUUUCAUCUAAGUCCUCUACUGAAUGACUUGUUUCGCCAUAAUCUAGAUUUUCCAUUUUAUAUAAUUGAAAAUCUUUUUCAACCUCACCUGUCUUUGGAAAAACCUUUUCUAAGAAUACAACAUCACGCGAUUCAAUCUCUGUUACUCUUCCAUCAGCUUUUUCACCAAUAAAUACAAAUCCUUUGGAAUGUUCAGAAUAUCGUAUAAAGAUACACUUCUUCCCCCUAGGACCAAGUUUCCCAUAUUCAUGAGAAGUGUUGUGAAUAUAAGCUGCACACCCCCAUGGAUGAAAAUAACCUAGAUUAAGUUUGACACCAUUCCAUUGUUCAUAUGGGGUGGAUGAGACAGAUUUAGAGGGCACACGAUUAAGUAUGUAAGCAGCAAUUAACAAUGCAUCUCCCCAAAAGGAAAUUGGUAAGUUAGCUUGCGCCAUCAUUGACCUAACCAUGUCAAAUAGGGUUCUAUUCCUUCUUUCCGCUACACCAUUUUGUUGUGGAGUAUAAGGAAUAGUUAGCUGUCUGGCUAUACCCUUUUCAUCAUAAAAUUUUUUAAAUUGUUCAGACAGAUAUUCACGUCCUUGAUCAGUUCUUAAAGCUUUGAUCUUGGUACUUAGUUUAUUCUUCACCAAAUUGGUGUAUCGAAUGAAGCAAUCCAAUGCUUCAGACUUAUGUGAGAUCAAAUAAACAUGACCAAACCGUGUAAAAUCAUCUAUAAAUGUGAUGAAAUAAUUUCCUCCAUGUCUUGCUCUCACAUUCAUUGGGCCACAAAUGUCUGAAUGAAUAAGCUGUAAUGGACUACUAGCUCUUUUAGCUUUGCCAAAUGGUAAUCUAGUUGCUUUUCCAGCAAGGCAAUGCUCAUAAACGGGCAAUUCCUAUUUGAUGUAACCAUAUUAUUUGAUAGUUUCACCCACAUUUAACUAGUGUUUAGCCUAUGUUAUAUAUAUAAAAUGCCUUGAUAUUCUUUGUUUUAUGUUUUAAAGGCACCUUUAGAUGAAGGAUGCAAAAAAGAGUAAAUUGGAGAUAAUUGGCAGAUUUGAUGUUCAGUCGAUAUUUUGUGCAGAGCGUGAGUUCUAAAAGUCGAAACGAAGUGAUUCCAGUGGCAUUAGAAAGAUAACAUCCAUACCUUUCUGGAAAUCCAAGUGAAGAAAAAUAAAAUGACAAAGAGCAUGGAAAUAACAUCCUUCAAAGUCAAAACUCGCAUUCUGCCAGUGUUGACCUUUGUCCAUUCAAAAUUCAAUAUCUGGAGCUGUAGAUAUCCAAUUGAUUCAAACUCAAUUUUUUUGGAUUCUUGACUCAAUGGUCUAUAAACGCUCCAAAUUUCAGCCAAAAACGAUGUCAUAUGAGGGAGAUAUGAGUUUUCAAAGAUGACAACUGAAUUCUGCCAGCAAACAGGUUUCGUGAAGAAACGAAUCCAAAUUACAUCCCGAAGCAUCAAAACCGACAUCCAAGUUUUAAUUUCAGCAAUUUAGCUCCUCAAGAACAUCAAUCCAGAAGGUCAAGGAAGGCAGCCACCAACCUCAAGCCACCACCCUCAAGCUACAAGCUACCAGCCACCAGCCGCCAGCCGCCAGCCGCCUUCACACUACCACCAUCUCUUGAUGUUCACACUUGAACUUUGAUUUUUCUUACUUACAAUUUGUGUAUAAAUAGGCAGCUAAGUUCAUGAUAUUAAGAGAGCUAAGAGAGAGGGAGAGAGAGUGCAGUAGAAUCAAAGAAAGAAGGGUGGCAGCCAUAAGAGAAGAAACACAAACUCUCCCCUCUACAACCCAAAAAUCAUGUAUUCUUUCAUCUUUAGGAGUAGUUGUUCAAUAGAUAUGCAAGGCUAAGCUCGUUUUCUUGGUUGCAAGGACGCAAACACCUUCAGAUUUCAAGAACUGUGAGAUUUAUUCUUCCAUUUAUUUUCAGUUUGUAUUAUGAAUGCGUAUGUUUGUUUUCCAAUGCAUAGUUUCUAUGAUUGUUUAUCUUAAUUGCUAGAGCGGACUCUAAGUUAUUAUUGUGAACAAUCUAUUGCUAAGUUUGAUAUCAACACCGGAGUUGUGGUAUAUAAACUUGUGAAGCAACUAAGCUUGAUAAUUGUAGCGGAACUACGUUAUUAAACUUAGGGAGAACAUUCGAUCAAAUGCAACACAAGCUGACAACUUGGUUGUUAAGAUUAAUGAAUUUAUCUAGAUCUUAAGGCUGCCAUUGGAUUAAAUCAUUAGUGCGGACACUGUGAUUGUUUGUUGGUUAGGGUUAGUUAUACGGCGGAUCCGUUAAUUAACUAACAUUAAGAAAAGAUAAAAAAUUCAGAAUAUAAACUGAAGUUUCAUUUCAAGGAUCUGUUCUGAUUUCUGUUGGUGGAUGUGUGCUUGCGACCAAGGUUUGUUUUCUUGAUAUAUUUUAGUUUUAAUUGAUUUUGUUUGCUAGUUUAAUUGCUGCCAUAGUUUAGAUAAUCACAAACCAAAUCCCCCCAAUUACAUAACAUACAACAUAAAAAUCUGACUUGAAACUUCCUCGUGGGAUCGACCCCUUGCUUGCUCUAUACUAUCUUGUUUAUUUUAAGCUAGGGUAAUUAAUUUGUGCGACCGCGACAUCGCAACAGCAAUGCUCACAAACGGGCAAUUCCUCUUUGGUAAGUGAUCCUAAAAGACCAGCUCUUGCUAAUCUAUGUAAUCGAUCUUGCCCAAUGUGUCCUAAUCUAGCAUGCCAAGUUAUGAUAUCACUACCAUUAAUAGUGCUAGAAUUUUGAACAACAUAAAUUGAAGCAUCAUUAUCAAUAGAUACAUUAACGGUGUCUAACACCAUAAAACCAUUUAAUACAAAACCAGAACCAUAAAAAUUAUUAUCCAGAUGUAUUUUUACACAACAACCAACAAACGCAAUAUUAAAGCCCAAUUGGAGUAAAGCAAGAACAGACACAAGAUUCCGUUGAACUUCUGGAGCGUAGAGCACAUCAUGAAGAUAAAGUGUGCGACCGCCCCGCAAAUCCAGUUUGCAGGUACCGAUCCCAAGCACAGCAGCGGAAGCAUUAUUCCCCAUGUAUAUGUGUCUACUUCCCUUUGGAAUUCGAUGGAAUUCCACAAAGGUUGUUCGAUCCCUUGCUAUGUGGUCAGUUGCGCCUGAGUCUAUAGUAAAAAAAGGAACAGAUUCAGCAAGCAUUAAACAACUACUAACGUAUAAAUUAGAGGGAUGAUUGUGGUUAAACAUUAACUGGUUCAUGAAGGGUGGAGGGGUUCAUCCGAAUGCUGAUGAGAUGCUAAAACCAAGUUUUGGGGAGCCUGGGAAGUGCUUUGCUUUGAAAGGAAGUAGGGGGUUUGUCCAGUUUAAGCUGCGAAGUGCUAUUGUUCCUGAAGCUGUUACGCUGGAACACAUUGCUAAGAGUGUGGCUUAUGAUAGGUCAACUGCUCCUAAGGACUGUCAGGUGUCUGGGUGGAUGCAGAACCCCGAUCUUGAUUCAGCAGAUGACAAAGAGAAGAUGUUUCUUUUAACAGAGUUUACUUAUGACCUCGAGAAGAGUAACGCCCAGACCUUCAAUGUAUUGGACAAAACAGCCUCUGGACUUGUUGACACACUGAGGCUGGAAUUCACAUCUAACCAUGGAAACCCCUCACUCACCUGCAUUUAUCGCUUGAGGGUACAUGGUUAUGAACCUGAUCAAGCUUCAAUGACGGCAAUGCAGCCUUGAUGCAUCUGGUCCCGGCCUUGUAACUGUUUAUCCUUUUGAAAUUCUCUGCUUAGCUUUUUUAUCAAACAUUUUUUUUUUGUAGCUUCCAAGUACCUAGACAUAGAUAAGUAUGUGCUUAGGCUUACCACUCCCUCGUGUUCCAUAGGUCUCACUUCUCGUGUGCUAGCAUUGUCCAGUUCUACGUUUCUGCUUGUAUCUGCGUUGUCAAAUUGUUCAGCUUUUUAUGAACUGUUGAUCAAAAGGGUGAAAACUCAGAAACUAAAUUAAGAGAUCUUCAAAUCGUAAAUGGAUGUGGAUUUUCUUUGAA